AUUUUUAUUAUGGAAGCUAAUACAAUACCUGUUGAGGAAACAGUGCCUUAUGUAAUUGAUACAGAUUGUGGGGUCGAUGACUCAAUGGCCCUGGUCAUUGCCAUUUCAAACCUUGAUAUUGAUGCCAUCACUGCAGUCUCAGGCAAUACUGAAGUGGAGAAUGUAGUCAAGAAUGUAUCCAAAGUUCUUGAAAUUUGUGAUAAAAAGAUUCCCAUAUAUAAAGGAGCUGAUAGACCAAUUCUGAAAGCUCCGGAGAGAGCAACUAAGUAUCAUGGCAAGGAUGGGCUAGCGGAUAAUCCUGAAGUUAUGGCAAUGGAGGGAUAUAUGGAUUGAUACAAUGAUGAAGUAACAGCAGCUCAAUACUUAGUUCGCAGAGCUAAGGAAAGUGAAAUUAAUUUGAUAUGCCUAGGCCCUCUAACUAAUAUAGCGAUUGCUUGCUUUUUGUAUCCUCAGUUUCCAUCUAGGAUCAAUAAAAUCUUUGUGAUGGGUGGAACCAUAUUAGGAAAAGGGAAUACUUCUGUUAAUGCUGAAUUCAACUUCUUAGCAGAUCCUGAAGCUACCUUCAGAGUGUUUAAGAGUUUUAAAAUGGUAGAUAUAGUUCCUUGGGAAGCCUCCCCUACAUUUGUGAUACCUGAGGAAUAUUAUGACGAACUAACUGAUCCAGACAAGCCUAAGUCAAGGUUUAUUGCAAACACACAUUGGGACCAAUUAAAGAGACUUAAGAAAUUAAUGAUUUGAGAUGGAUUUACACCAAUGGUAGCUAUUGAUCCCUCUAUAUGAGACUCAUGUGAAGAAUUACAUUGAGAGGUCUUCCUUCAAGGAGAUGCUCAAGGCCAAAUUUCUUAUGCUUGGCCUAACUUCACAUCUCUUUCUUCAAAAGAAAAGAUUAAUUGAAGGGUUCACUAUGACUUUGAUGUGGAGAAAACUAUGAAAAUUUUGUUAAGUAGCUUGAAAUAA